ACUCCUUUUCUUUAUAUAUCAGUCCAAUCCCCCCACAACCUCACUUUAUCUCCUCCCUCUCCCUCUCUCUCUCUCUCUAUAUAUAUAUAAUGGCUUUCUCUCUCCUCCCCUUUUCCUCCUCCUCCUCCUCUUGAUAUCUCUCCUCCUUCUCCCUUCUCCUCCCCCCCUUUCUCUGAGGCCUUGUUUUACUGCUGCAAUGGAAUUCGAUCUCGAGAACCCGUUCACCGCCGCCGACGACGACAAGGAGCGCUCCGACUCAUUCGCCGCGCUCUUCGCGGCGGAGUCCGAUCACUCCCUCGCCGGCGCCGCCGCCUCCGUCGACCUCUCGGCCCGCCGCGACGCCGCCUCCCUGAUCCUCGAGGCGCAGUUCCGAUCCAAUCUCGAUCCCUUCGUCGCCUACCUCGCCGCCAACUACGUCGAUCGCUUCCUCUUCAAGCGACAGAUCCCGAGAGAUAAGCCAUGGGUGGCGCGGCUCCUCGCCAUCUCCUGCCUCUCCCUCGCGUCGAAGAUGAAGCGCGGGGCCGAUUACUCCAUCGCCGAUUUCCAGGGGGAGGAGGGUUUCAUCUUCGACGCGCACACGAUCCAUCGCAUGGAGCUCCUCGUGUUGGGGGCGUUGGAUUGGAGGAUGCGAUCCAUCACCCCUUUCUCCUUNCUUUUGAAAGGGCUUAAUGAAACAGAGAUUAAGAUGUUGGAGUUCAAACCUUCUCUGAUCGCCGCAUCCGCGCUCCUCGCCGCCGCACGCGAGCUCGUCCCGAUCCAGUACGCCGCGUUCCGCUCCGCCGUAUCCUCCUGUGGAUUUGUAAAUAAAGAGAGGUUGUGGGAAUGCUACAAUGCCGUGGCGGCGUGCGGUUGCGAUUCGGCGCUGGAGCUGGAAAUGGCGUCGAGCGCGGACACGCCGGUGACGGUGCUCGGCCGCUACUGCGCGAGCUCGGAGAGCGAGAGGACCGUCGGAUCGGCUGCGGCGCCGGCCGAUCGCGAUCUCAAGAAGCGCCGCGUCUCCUCCGCCGCGCCGCUCCGCCUCCGCCGCUUCCGAGACUAGGAGCCGCGCUGGGCGGAGGAGAGAAUGUAACAAACUAUAAGCGGCAGAGGAGCGGAAGAGGAAUGAAAAUAACUUUGGAAGGAGACGUAGACGAAGAGAGGGACGACAAAAGAGAUCUGUGGAUUGAAGGCCCUGGUGGUACGAAGAAAUAGUAGUCUCUAAUUUCUCUCUAUUUUUUUUGUUUUGUUUUUGGUUUUGCUAUAUUAUAUAUAUGGGGGGACAUAUUAUAAUAUGAUAAUAAAUAAAAAAGAAAAAAAAAAGCUGG